AUGGAUGAAGAUUCUCUUUUAAAGGUUUCUGGAAAACCAGAAGCAACUCAAAUCUGUGACCUGUCUGAGAAUUCAGAUAAAUCAAGUGCAGAAAGUGAUUCAGAGACUGAACCUGAGCAGGCCUCAGUGUAUCACAAACUGCUGGCUACAUUGAAGACCUCUCCUGAGUCUGAGAGUGAAGAUGAUGAUGAUGAUGAUGAAAGUGAAUCAGAAGAAGCUGGGGAAAGUGGAACAGAAAUGGAUAGUGAAGAGCACCAGGAAAAUGGAGAAGCAGAAGUUGGUGAAGAAGAUGAAAAUGAUAUGCCAGACAAAAAAGAAAUCACAGCUACAGCAGAGCAGACACUUGGUGAGGAGCAGUGUGAUGGUGAAGACGUGUCUUGUGACCCCAGUCAUGCAGUAACUGAGGAGUUUACUGAUGUGAAACAUGAAUCUGAAUUCAGCUUGGAAACCAAUUUCAUGGAAGAGGAGAGUGGAGAUUGUGAUGUAGAUGAGAAAAGGAGCAGUACCUUGCAAGCCUCUUCAGAAGAUCCAUUUAAGCAACACAUGGACAAAGAAAUGGAAGAAAAAGAAGUAGAAAAAAUGUCUACGCUUUCUAAGUCUUCAAGUCAAAUAAAGUGGCCAAGGCUGGGUCAGUUAACUUUCUCAUCCACUUUGGAGAAACAGGAAACCUUAAAACCGGACAAAGAAGUUGAUGUGAAGCAGCUUCAUCUUCACAAGCCUUUAGAAGUCACUUGGCCGAAAGUGAACAAACAGUUGCUCUCCUCACUGAACAAAUCAUGCGAUUCCUGUUUUACUCCACUACAAAGAGAGCUCUUCUGUAUCAUGAAUACCUACAGGGACUUGUUCUAUCCAGAAACAACUGCUUUAACAAAUGGAGAAGAAAUACGCCUUGCUUAUUGCCUGCAUGCACUGAACCAUGUCCUGAAGGCAAAUGCCCAGGUGCUUAGCAAUAAUGCUAAACGAAGGGACCGAAAGCCAGGGGUUGAUACUGAUGAAUACAGAGAUCAAGGGCUCACUAGACCUAAGGUACUGAUGGUGGUGCCCUUUCGGGAAUGCGCGUUGCGAAUUGUGCACAACCUCAUCAGCCUUCUGGAAGUGAAGAGUGACAAAAAAAUAGAUGUGAGCAAUAAAAAGCGCUUCAAAGGGGAGUUCGGCUCUGACCCAGAAGAGAAGCCCCCCAACCUGAAAAGACCUGAAGAUUAUGAAGCUGUCUUUGCUGGCAACAUCGAUGACCACUUCAGAAUCGGGGUUGCGAUUCUCCAAAAGAGCAUGAGGUUGUACGCGCCAUUUUACUCCUCAGACAUCAUCAUUGCCUCUCCCCUGGGUAUGAGGACUGUUAUUGGGGCAGAGGGCGAGAAGAAAAGAGAUUUUGAUUUUCUGUCAUCAAUAGAAAUUCUCAUAAUUGACCAAGCAGAUAUUUACCUGAUGCAGAAUUGGGAACAUGUUCUGCAUCUGAUGAAGCACAUGAACCUCCUGCCCCUGGAUUCCCAUGGGGUGGACUUCUCCCGAGUGCGCAUGCUCAAUCUCAAUAACUGGUCCAAGUACUACCGUCAGACACUGCUCUUCAGCGCUCUUCAAAAUCCCCAGAUUAACUCCAUCUUCAACAAGCACUGCUUCAAUUACACGGGACAGGUAGCCGUCCGGAACAUCCCGCAGAUCGGCUCCAUUAGCCACGUUGUGGUACAGCUUCCUCAUGUGUUCCGGAGGCUGGAAGCUGAGAGCUUAACCUCAGUGAUAGAUGCAAGGUUCCAGUUCUUCAUUGACAAAGUUUUGCCCGAGUACCGCGAUGCCAUCAUGUCGCACACGCUCGUAUACGUUCCGUCGUAUUUUGACUAUGUGCGUCUUCGAAAUUACUUCAAGAAAGAGGAGCUGAAUUUUGUCCACAUUUGUGAAUACACUAAAAAGGCUGGUAUCUGCAGAGCAAGACGUUUCUUCCUCAAGGGAGAAAAGCAGUUUUUACUGCUCACUGAGCGCUUCCACUUUUACAAAAGGUACACAAUAAAAGGCAUCAAGAACCUCAUUUUCUACGAGUUACCAACCUAUCCCCACUUCUACAGUGAGAUUUGUAAUAUGAUGAAAGCCACAGACAGUGGAGUGGAUGCCACUUGGACCUGUACUGUCCUCUAUUCCAAGUACGAUGCCCAGAAAUUGGCUGCUGUUGUUGGCAUAGAUCGCACAGCUCAAAUGCUGCAGUCCAAAAAAAAUGUGCACCUCUUUAUUACAGGAGAAAAUGAAUAAACAAUGUUGAAAU